AACAAUACUCCAAAUAUAUCGAAAAACCAUAUUUUUUUAUAACCAUUAAUCAGUAUAACAAACUGACGAAACUAGACUGAUACAUUGAACCCGAACUUGAGAGUCCAAAGGUAGUGCCCAACACAAGGACGGUGCCGGCUUCGGUCUCAUAUGACGCUUUAUCGCGGGGAUAAAAACGAUCACCACAGAACUAUUCCUCAUCCCGGUCCAUAAACUAUUGUUUAUCCUUCUGCAGUUACCGCAGGUUCAACUCCUAAGCACCCCCCCUCCUCUCUAUUGGUACCUCGCACCGUUACCUCAAUCUAUUUCUUCCUCCCUUCUGAUGGCCCCAAUCGAUAGCCCUGGUGAUAUGACCAGCGCUUCCACGCCUCCUCACGUCACCCCCUCCGCCUACGCUAGCUUUGACAAAAAUCAGCUAUCACGAAUCCUCUAUCAGGCGCUAAAUGAGCUCGGCUUUCCGGAAGCUGCCAGUCACUUGCGUGAUGAAGCGGGUCUUUGCCUAGACGCUGAGUCGCGCGUGGACCAGGUCAUCCAGUCGGUGCUAGCGGGCCAGUACGAGAACGCGCUCAUCUGCGCUAGUGGUAUUGAUUAUGUCGGAUAUUCGGACGAUGAGCCCUAUCAAGCCUCUAAUGAAACCCUUACAGCCUACGUUCGCUUCUUGAUCCAUCGGAUGCAUUUCUUGGAGGUUUUGUUGCACGAGAAACGUGAGACGGUGGCGCUCAAAAUCCUCAGAAAGGAGAUUUCCCCCUCGAAGUUGUCUGUGCCAAUUCCCCAUACACCUUCGACAGCGAUUUCCGAUGAAACUGCCGGAUUAGCCUCGCUUUUGAUGAACCCUAGCUCGGCGCAGCUUCAGGCGCAGAACGGGUGGGUUUCUUGCGGCGAGAAGUCUCUUCAGACGACACGGGAGGCAACAGUCAGCGCAAUUCUCGGAUUUGUCAAGCCAGAAGACAAAUUGCCCGCGGGAAUGCUUCCGACGUUGCUUACGCAGGCCUUGAAGUGGAAAAGAGCGCAGCAUUUUACGCUUCACCCACCGCCAGCCCUGGACAAACGUGCCCACGGAACCCACUCCUUAUAUUCCCCCGAAACCCCCAAAGCACAGCAAUUCCCUGCUACUGCUAAGGUUACAUUGAAACAUCACACCGACGAGGUCUGGUUCGUCAAGUUUUCGCCAUCUGGACGGUAUCUUGCCAGUGCGGGGCUAGAUGCACACAUCAUCAUCUAUGACGUUAUGCAUGACUUCAAGGUGGUGGCCAGGAUUUCCAACGAACAACAUGCAAACGAGCUGGCAGGGUCAGCGGAUACCCAAACCAACGAUACAGAAGAGCUGAGCAGUUUGGGAGAGCACUGGGCCUCCCAGGCAUUCCACCCCGUACCCAGCCGUUGGCCUUCCACCGCGGGCAUCCAGCGAGCUGGAAAUACCCACCACACUUCUGACUCCGCGCCGGCGCACAACAAGAAGGCUGUCAUGUGUGUGUCGUGGUCCUAUGACGAAAAGUACUUGCUCACGUGCGGCAUGGAGGCCUGUGCCAAGCUCUGGGACGUGUCAGCCCUUGGAAGACACCCGGUAAGAUGCAUCAAAGAGUUCCACAUCAACCCCAACGGACGGAUCUUCAUUGUGGAGUUUUUGCCCCUGGACCCCACCUACCACUUUGCGAUCGCAUCACCCGAUAAGGUGACCCGUCUCUACUCCAUCCUGAGCACGGAGCCUGUGUAUGAAUGGUCUAAUGAGCAGCGGAUCGACGACAUCUCCUUCUGCAAAGACGGCUCGCACUUGGCGAUGAUCACCCAUGACUUCAAGUUGUUUGUAUACGGCAUUAAUAAGGCUGCGCUUUCAUCGGGGUUGCCUUGUACCGCCGAGUCCUUCCCCCUUGUGGCCUGUAUUCCUAUCGGCCAUAAGAUCACGAGCGUUGUAUGGUCAGCUGUCAAUCCGGCUGAAAUCUUGGUGUCCGUAUCUCCUAACGAGUUACAGCUCUGGUCGAUCAAGGAACCGGCCAUGCCAUACCUCGUCCAACGCUACCUCGGCCACAGGCACGAAAGAUAUGUUCUCCAUUCUUCAUUUGGGAAUUGGGACGAGUCGGUGGUUGUAUCGGGGGAUGAAAAGGGACGGAUCUUUUUCUGGGACAGGUACAACGGUUCCAUUGUCCACAUCGUAAAUGAACAGGAGCACCAAAGUUUGUUAGUGAACUGUGUGGACUGGAACGUUGCCGGAAGCGAAAAGGAGCACGGCUGGUUAUGGUGUUCGGCCGGCGACGACGGAACUGUCAAGUUAUGGGGGGUUUAAGCCGUCUAGGAAUCCAACUAACCAUGACCAAUUCAACGAGAUAUGAUUGAUAGCACGAAGCUAAAGUCUGUAGGUGAGGUUCCAUGACCCUUUUUGGAGCACUGCAAAUCUGCGAGGACAAAAAACUACCGCAACUAAUCGUAACAAUGGCCGCUACCUUUCCCAUAGCCGAUCUUACAAGUCGGACCAGCGAUGCAGUACACCUGUAUUGAUUUCUACCUUAAUAUUUUUUUUUAGCCUAGACAUUGACCACGGAAAGCUUUGGACCGGCGUAAUUUUCUU